CUUGGGGAUUAAUUGUAAAUUAGAUCUCAAAGAUAUGAUCGGAAGUUUUUUUAGGAAAGAUUUUAUUUCCGGUUUGAGUGUGAUUGAUAUCGCGUAGAAUCAGGCCAUCAUAAUCGGCCUCUCAUACUCCCAUUGUAUAUAUAUACUUGUUCGAUUGAUUCUGAAUAUAUAGAAGAAUUCAUAUACAUCAAAGCUGUUACCUUCUGCUACAUGGUAUCAGAGCAACGCUAGCUGAUAGGCAACAGCAACGAUGACCCAUUCUUCUGGUAGUGAGAAGGAGUCGACCUCCCUGCCCGAGUCGCACACGACGUCGGGAAUGUCCGGUGGCUCCUCUGCUGGUGGCGCGACGCGGCCUCUGUCCACCGUGUUCGAGACUUCGGCUGUCCUCAUCGUGCCCGAGAAACUCUCCGGUGAGAAUUAUCGAGAGUGGGCCCAGUCGAUCAAACUCGCUCUCGAAGGCCGCGGCAAGCUCGGCCAUAUCACCGGUGAUGCACUGACUCCACCAUCGACCGACGCCAAAGCCGUGAAGCUGUGGAAGGCCGAAGAUGCGAUGGUAUGUUCGUGGCUUGUAAAUGUGAUGGCACCCUCCCUCAAGCGCUGUUUUAUGUUUUUAUCUCCAGCACGAGAGAUGUGGGACGCGAUUCAUGAGGCUUACGGCGAUGGAGAAAAUGCUUCCCAGAUAUUUGACCUCAAGACCAAAUUAUGGGAUCUGAAGCAAGGGUCUCUCUCCCUAGGUGACUAUUACCUUGCUAAGACUACUCUUUGGCAAGAACUGGACCUUAUCAGUGAUGAUAGCCCGUGCUGUGCUUCCCAUGCGGCCAGCAAUAAAAAGAAAGUUGAAAAGGAGCGCCUAUUUGAGCUGUUGGCCGGACUCAAUCCCUCCUUUGAUGAUGUUAGGGGCCGCAUUUUGAGUCAGGACCCCCUUCCCACUGUUCGUGGCGCCUUUGCAAUGCUACGUAGUGAGGACUCAAGGAAGAAAGUCAUGUUAAAAGGUGACCCAGCACCUCGGCCCCACACCGUUGAACCAUCUGCACUCGCUGUUCGCUCCACUGAAAAUCGUCCUGGUAACACAAAGCCCAGACCACAGUGUGAACACUGUCACAAACAGGGUCACACUAAGGACACUUGCUGGGACCUCCACGGGAAGCCUGCAGAUUGGAAGCCCAGAAAAAGCCGCGGGCGAGGUUACAUGACAGAAGUGGCACGUGGUGAGGAUGCUGGACCCUCAAAUUCAGGACACCAGGAAGAUGCACUGAGCAAAAUUCUUGAACGACUUGCUGCAUUAGAAAGCAGUCAACAGUUACGGAAACAGCCCGUGGCCACUGUGGUUAAGCGAGGAUCUGUUGACGGGGACGACGAUUGGCGUUGCUAAAGAGUUUGAUGGUCUUUACUACCUGGAUGAUUGUGUUGAUCACCGUAUUAUUUCUUGUAAUAAAGUGUCCCUCCCUAGGACUAGUGAAUUGGAGUUAUGGCACAAACGGUUAGGACACCCUAAUUUUCAUUAUAUGACUCAAUU